GUGUUUUAUCACUGCAUGCUAGCUACAUUCUAUACGCUGCGUCUGUACAUAAUCAUCUGAAUCAAUCCUGAAGAGCAGAGCAUAUUGUCAACCUCGUCUAUCGUAUUUGUUGCAGUAUUCCAUUCAUUUCCCUAGUGAUCCAAACCAAAAUCGCCAUGCAAGUAGCAGAGAUCCUCUCCGAUCUGACAUCCCUACGCGUCUGUGACCACCAUGACGCCCUCGCUCUCGUUACCGUCAAUGAGCGAAUCCCCCAACCCACAGACCAACUAGAGCUUAAAGCAACAGACACUACCCCAUCAGGCUCUGAAGUGAAUCCAGGCAGAUACGGAAAUGAUGAUCUCCGUCGCGCAAAAGAACUCGUCGACUUGCACUACGAAUUCAAAGCCCGUCAUGCGCUAGGCACGGUUGAUGAGGAGCUCUCGCGUGCAAGGGAGGAAGUAGCCCGAGUCCUGAGGGAACUUAGCUAAUUAGGGAGAAGUACUACCUUAGGUUCUGGGCGGGUUGUGAAUCCUCUUUUUUUCUCUCUCAUGUAUAAGGAUGUUUCUAUUCGGGCUGGCGUUAUCAGUGAUUUGCUAUAUGAUGUUGUUACAAGGGAACUUAAAUAUGCAUGAUUGACUUUCCGAAGGUGCUAUGACUUCUUAGAAAGCUACGCCUGGUAGGAAGCCUUAUUGAUUU